AUGUUCACGAGAGACUCCGCAUGCGUGUUAAAUAAAGACAAUCAUUACUUUUUUGUGUUUGCCCUCCUUCACCAUCACCGGCACUGUCGUCGCUAUCGCCUUCAUGCGUUUGCAUCUUCCUUUGGGCUAGAGCUUAUUUCACCAGUUGUGCCCUUCUUCUUUUGUGCCUCAUCACCCCUUCAAGGCAGUCUCCCACGGAUGAGUCUCGAGUUGAACUACGUGUGGUGCUUCGUCGGCCUCAUUGCCGUUGCACACAUCCUUGCUAUACUCGUGGUGCUGUCGCGCAUGUGGACUGCGACGCCAAAGGCGCUUAUUCGGUUUGAUGAGCGAUCACGCGUUGGGGUACCGGCGUGGAAGAAGGCGCAGAAGAAAGAUUAG